AUGUACGCACUUUUAAUAAUCGUAUGCUUUGCAUCGCAUUACUCUCUAUUCCCUAUAGGAGCCGGUAAAUAUAAUAAUCCUAGGGGCGGAAGUUAUAAUGGUAUUAACGAUGGAAAAUACUAUCACGAUGAUUCUGGCAAAUAUGUACAUGUUGAAGGCCCCACUGGACCUCCAGCUCCACCAUAUGUGCAUGUAGUCGGACCCGAGGGCGGCUAUGGCGGCAACGGAGGCAAUGGCGAUGGUGGCGGUACCGGAGGAUUUGGUCCCAACGGACCCGGCGGACCAAACGGACCCGGCGGACCCAAUGGACCUGGCGGACCUAAGGGACCCAAGGGCCCACCCGGCCCUCCCGGACCACCAGGACCACCAGGACCUAAUGGACCCGAUCGUCCAGGACCCAAGGGACCAGGCGGCCCACCCGGACCCCCAGGACCAACAGCCAAUGGCGGACACGCUGAGCUAGGUCCACCAGGACCUCCCGGCCCAACACGUCCCGGACCCCCAGGCCCACCUGGACCACCCGGCCCAACUCGCCCCGGACCACCCGGCCCAACAUACAAGCCGAACGAUCCCAGGCAUUCGGACAAGGAGACACCUGGCUACCUGCCGCCAAAUCAACCGGGUAAAAUCGUACCACCCCCAUCCCUUUCACUAGUCAAAGAACCGACCAAUAAGCCACAAACUUUCAAGCCAAAUUACGAUAAUUACGAUAAUUCUGUGAUUAAGAAAGUGUCGUCAACUAAAACACCACUAACCUAUAUUCCACCUUCUUUCCCAAAUACCGUUCCUAUCCAUGUUCCUGCGAAUCCCACACCACGACCGCCAACCAAAACAAUAACGACGACGACGAUAACACAGCCAAAGGUCCCGGCUAUCACUAUUAAUACGGAUAGACCAGUAAAAGGCAUUACAACAACUGUAACAACGGGUAAUUUUGAUAUCCAUAAGACAGUACCAAUCGUACCCGCACCCGCACCCGCACCCGCACCAGUACCCACACCAUAUAGACCGAUACAGCCACAACCGCCACAAUUUGUCAACACAUACAAUCCAAAGCCGACGCCGGCGGCUCCGAUCGAACCAAUACGAACCACGAUCAAUAUACCGGCAUACAAGCCAUCGACGCCUAGGCCAUUUGAGGCAGUACCGACAUACAGACCACCCAUUUACCCGACCGAACCGAAACCGACGAAAACCAUUUACGUUGAACCCAAGCCCAUCAACAAGAAUGUAACUCCACGUCCCUCUCCCCCAUUGCAUGUGCCGUCGUAUACGCCAAACAGCGAAACCUGCGUUUGUAAUGCCGAUAAGACGCACUCAUCAAAAACAACCUAUACCUCCUCCACCACCUAUCCCAACUCAAAUCCGGCCUCGGUCGACUUUAAUAAACAAUUCAACGGCUUCAAUGGAAACACGAAUUUCGGCAGCAUAAUGAACGCCAUGUCACUAUCUCAAUUGCCCGUCGUGCCGCAGGCACCUGGCCAACCGGCCUUCUAUCCACCCGACAAGAUUCCCAAGGGUGCUGUGAUCGCCUUCAUGCCCGUGGUCAUACUGCCACAAGAGUACUACGCCAACUGCGAUGAGAACACCAUUAAGACGGCCAACAAAUAUCAGAGUAUUGAUCCUUUCCCGCUGGGCGUACAGCCAGCCUCCAUACCGAAUAGCUUCAGUGUGCACUCGAUUCUCGCCGGCGCCGGACCGAAGGAUCAAUGCAUGUGCCCAUGCUCCUGCACACAGAAUCUGGACAGAUACCACAAAAAGCGCGAGACUAAGGCUGAGGAUGUUAUCGAGGCGAAAGCGGCUGUUGAGGAGCCUGUAGCGGCAGCUGCCAAGUCCGCAGAAGUGAAGGUUGAGGCACCUGUUGCUGAAGCUACCACGCCUGUCGAGAUCAAGGUUGCGGCACCCGUUGCCAAAGCUGCCACGCCUGUAGAGGACAAGGCUGAUGCACCAGUUGCUGAAGCUACCAUCAAGGUUGAGGUCCCCGUUGCCAAAGCUGCCGCGCCUGUAGAGGACAAAGCUGAGGCACCGGUCGCUGAAGCUGCCACGCCUGUCGAGAUCAAGGUUGAGGCACCCGUUGCCAAAGCUGCCGCGCCUGUAGAGGACAAGGCUGAGGCAGCCGUUGCUGGAACUGCAAGUCAAAGCUAAGAGCCGACAACGACAACUAGACAUCACAAUUGACGUCUGGACGUCACCGAAACUACCCAAAAUCCCAGUUCCCGCUUACAAAACCCCAGCUCCCAGCACCGCCCGAAAGUCCUGCACAACUCCCCAGCCCGCAGCACCUCAACUAACCCAAUUGCCAGUUAACCAGCUUUAGUCUAAGUGUUUUUAUUAACGAGAUUACUCUCAGCCAGGAAAGGAUAUAAAAAAUGAAAAAAAGGAAAGAAACUAGAAAAAAAGUUUAUAACUGCCCGUUGAAUGUGUUCGUUUAUUUUUCAUUAAAAAAAUAAUCAUUUUGCUUUUGUUUUUGUACUCGUAAUACUCGAAAUGCACUCCAAGCUUCCUGUCAACUAAGCCUCUAACUUCCUUUGAUAAAUCAUUUUCUUAAAUGUUUUUCGUAUGCAUUUUGCACAUGUGGCUAAAAAGAAAGAAAAAAAAAACUAUGAAAAACGAUGGGAAAAUUUAAAUUGUUUGUGACAUGUUGUUUAUUAUGCAUUUUUGUAUUUCAAUGUAUUAAUCUGUAUUUUGUUCACUUUCUUU